AUGCCGUCUGAGGUGUGCCUCAGGUAUAGUUCAUGGAGCUGUCCUGCCAGUUUCCAUCGAGUGUGUGUUCAUUCACUGUAUGCUAGCCUAGAGGAUGGCAAAUUGCAUACAUAAAUAUUACAUCAAAAUGACUGUGCCGAGACAUGUCCAGGAGGAUUUACUUUUUGCUCUUGUGUUAGGCUUCUGUGUGGUUUUUUCUCUGCAACUUACCCCCAUAGAAAUAUUUAUGCAUGGUGUAAAACAGGCUUCCUCAACCUCUGCCCUCCAGAUGUUUUUGGCUUACAACUCCCAUGAUCCCUAGCUAGCAGGACCAGUGGUCAGGGAUGAUGGGAAUUGUAGUCUCCAAACAUCUGGAGGGCUGAGGUUGAGGAAGCCUGGUGUAAAAGAUUUGCUCCUUCUGUGAUUUCUCAGCUCAUUUGCAUGUUGAGCAUCCUAACACAAAAAGGAUUUGCCUUCCUGUCAGUGCUGAAGCAGGUAAAGGCAGAAAACUGAGUAGCAUUGUGUUGAUCCUCAUGGGCUCAGCCAGUAGAUUGCCAUUUAAACUUUGGGGACAGGUUGUUUUUAUUGUCAUUGAUGAUGAACAAUCAAGGAGAAAGAACAGUGAGAUUCUCUCCAUGUGUCCCUCCCCAAAUUGAUUUGAUUAAGGCAAUUAAAUUGGUUGUGAUGGUUACUGUGAUGGGUUUAUGCAUCAAACAGCAGGAGGUCAUUUUUAUAGAGUAAUUGCUCUGAUAACUAUAUCUUUACAUAUUUCAUAUGUAAUUCUAUGCAUGCUUCUUAAAAACUAAAAGAGAAAGAAAUAUGAACUCUGAAACACCCCCUGCCCUUUCAAGUUCUUUAUCAAAUAAAGUCACACCUCUCAAACUAUUCAGUUCAUAAAAUUAGGCUCAGAUUCAAACUAACACAUUUUCACUUGAUACCUUAGCACACUUAUCUGUCUGUAGGAUAUUUAUAAUAACAUUUGUGUGCAUGUAGUAGAAAGCAGAAGAGCCAUUUUAUUUGAAUAUAAUGUUCCAACGUAGGCUUUUCAUCUGAAUGACAGAGCAGAGAAUUUCAAAAUAGUAUCCUAUACAGCACUUGUGCAAAGUUGAAUAAAUAAGCUAAUGUUCCAUCCUGAACUUUGAGUUAGGGAGACCUACACAUGAACAAAACAAAUAUUCCCACUAGACAGGCAGAGGCACUAUUGUCUAAUCAGAAAAUAAAACAUCCAAAUGGCUGUAAAAACAGAUAUGAGAGUCACCAGUCCCCAUUAUGUAGCUAAACAAUUAUAGCGGGGAGGGGGGGGGGGAGUCUGAAAAGCUUAGUAUGUCCUUUUCACAAAAUUGUUACAUGUAUGUGGACUUAUUGGGACACCAACACAUGAGGUGUGCAAGGAUUUAGUUUCUUUUCCUCCAUUCACUUUAUAGUUCCAAUCAUUUCCAACCACUCAUAUCAAGAUUCUCAAAUAAAAGGGCCACUUGGAAGGGUUGAAAUAUUUGACUCCUUACCAUAAAAAAAUUAAUGUUCAUGCAUGAUUUGGGAAAAAGGUUUUACAUAGUUUGGUAAUCCUAAAUCAGAUAUAACCUCCCAACACACAAAACUGUUAAAGUGUCCAUACGCUAGAAUAUCUUUCUAAAUAUAUUACUGACUUCUUUUGAUAUAACUGACAAUUUGUGGCAGCACUUUAAAAAAGGAAGAAGAAGAAAGAUGGAAAGUGCUUGGUGUGGAUUAAACUACUGCUAACUUCUUACCUAUGUCUUCAAAACCUUCUGUGGCCUUGGCCCUCCUUGUCUUUCUGCUCUUAUAUCCCCUGACAGGUCCCUUCCUUUGACCUUUGCUAUUCAAGCGCCACCACCCUCAGCAAGAUUCCCUGCUGUCUGAAGUGGCUCCACCCAUUUCUCUUUGUUGACCCUUUUGCCUGGAACUGCCUCCAAGAACGCCUCUAUGUGAUCUACUCCCCUAUUUCCUUGUAGUUUCUACUCAAAACUCACCAUUCCCAAGAAGCAUUUGGAUUCCCUCCCUAUCUGUAAAUGAAGUCAUUCAUUCCUUCAUUUUAUUUGUAUGCUGCUUGCAGUUCGAAAGCAUGUCAAAGUGCAAGUAGAUAAAUAGGUACCGCUCCGGCGGGAAGGUAAACGGCGUUUCCGUGCACUGCUCUGGUUUGCCAGAAGUGGCUUAGUCAUGCUGGCCACAUGACCCGGAAGCUGUGCACCGGCUCCCUCGGCCAGUAAAGCGAGAUGAGCGCCGCAACCCCAAAGUCGGUCACGACUGGACCUAAUGGUCAGGGGUCCCUUUACCUUUACUUCCUACAGAAAAAUCAUGCUCAGAGCGGUUUGCGACAAAGAAACAGGGAUGAAUUUCAAACAAACACUACCAAAUUUCAUAACAGCAUAGCAGAACAAUAACAGAGUAACAAUUCCAUAGUAACAUAGGAAAGCAAUAACGUAGUAACAAGUUCAUAAUAACAAGGCAAAAACAGUAAAAUAGAAACAAUUUUGUAAUAAUAUUGCAAAGCAGUAACAAUUUCAUAAACAUAGCACCACAAAAAUAAAACAACAUACAAAAAGCUACAUUUCAGUACAGUGGAAUUUUGGUUCUUGAACUUAAUCCAUUCCGGGAGUCUGCUCAACUCCCAAAAGUGUUUGAAAACCAAGAUGCAGCUUCUGAUUGACUGCAGGAGCUUCCUGCACUCAAGCGGAAGCUGCGUUGGAUGUUUGGCUUCCAAAAAACGUUAAAAACCGGAACACUUACUUCCGGGUUUUAGGCAUUCGGGAGCCAAAACAUAUGAGUACCAAGGUGUUUGAGAACCAAGGUACGAUUGUACUAUAAAUAGAACACUAUGUGUUAAACAACGUGCAGCAACCAGUAGCAAAAAUAACAAGGGAGCAACACAGUUUCUCCUUAGUUGCUCACAGUCCCACUCCUGCAGCAGCUUCUUAUAAGGCAGGCAUGGCCAAACUUGGCCCUCCAGCUGUUUUGGGACUACAAUUCCCAUCAUCCCUGACCACUGGUCCUGUUAGCUAGGGAUGAUGGGAGUUGUAGUCCCAAAACAGCUGGAGGGCCAAGUUUGGCCAUGCCUGCCUUAUAAGGCUUCGAAGGGCAAAGGGUGGGGUAGUUGGAAACAUGCCUCCCAUGAUGUUCCUAAUCACCUAUUCCCCUCCCAUUGCUCCCAAUCGCACCUUCCCAUUUUCCUUAGCCUCUGUUGCUUACCUGUCCCUGCCACACCUGCUCCUUAUAUAUGAUGCUACAUGAACUAUGAUGUGAACUUGCGCCUCAGUUCUUUAAGAAUUUGGACAUCUCGUAUUAUUUGUGUUUAUUUACAAAUAGACAGGUUGCACAUAGGUACAAAAAAAGGGGCAGCCAAAAUGGUGUAGCCACACUUAGAAUACUGUGCACAGUCCUGGUCAUCUCACCUCAAAAAGUAUGUUGUAGAGCUGGGAAAGGUUCAGAAAAGAACAACUGAAAUAAUCAGAGAGAUACAGCAACAAUCCUAUGAGAAAAGGUUACAACAUUUGGCACUUUCACUUUAGAACAUAGGCAAGUAAGUGAUGAUAUGAUAGAGGUGUAUAAAAUUAUGCAUGGUGAAGAGCAAGUGCAUAGAGUGAAGUUUUUCCUGCCUCUUUCAUAACACUAGUCAUCCAUUGUACCUAAAUAUUUGAAGACUUGGGCCAGACAUCUUGAUUCAGCACACAGUGAAAACGAUGGAAUUUGCUAUCGUAAGAGGCAGCGACGGCCACCAACUUGGAUGGCUUUAAAAGAAGAUACAACAAAUUCAUGGAGGGUAACUGUGUCAGUGGCUGCUAGUCACUAUUCUAUGUUCUACCUCUACUGUCAGAGGCAACAUGCUCUAAAUAUGUCUUCCCAAUUGUUGGGAAGCACGUGUUGAAAGGCUGCUGUUGCACUCAUGCCCUGCUUGCAGAACUUCUCGUAGGGAUCUGGUUGGACACUGGGAAAAACAGGAUGCUGGAUGAGUUGGGCCUUUGGUCUGAACCAGCAGAGGACUGCUGAAGAUAUGAGCCUUCCAAAAGUCUCUGGCCAUUUAAUUAUUUCUGCAAAAGGCAGUCAUUCAGUGCCAAUCCUCAUUUAAGAAAGUGAAUCUGUCACGCUAAAUUUGCCUAACUGGCUUCUUACACUGUUGGCCCCAGCAAUUGUGGAUCUUCUACAGUUAAAGUCAUUAAGCUGAGAGGGCUGGGAGGGAUCCUAGUAAAUUGGAUUAAUCCUCAAUUUACAACAAUAAUAUGCCUAUUUUUAUAGCUAGGACAGUUGAAGCUGUGAGAUAACGGCCACAUUGUGAAUGUCUUGAAGAGUGAUGCUGUUGUACAUAAAGAUUUAAGUCCAUCUUUAUAUUGUGGGCCAUAAAUGAUAGCCCUGCCACACUGUGAUGCUAUAGACCUUUGGUUACAGCACGAGAGUGGGGAAAUAAUAAUAAACCCAUUUCCAACCUGUGUCAGUAGUACCAAAUCAUCCUACUUAUAAUCCUGCUCUCACUUCAGAGUUUGAUUCAAUUCAGUGGCACUUUUUUUUUUUGUCUUGAGUAAAUAUGCAGGAUUGUAUGCUUGACUGACGUAAUUAGAAAUGAAAAAGUAGAAAACAUAUGCAUGCCUUUCACUCUUGGUAUUUUCAUGCUUGCGAGUGUGAUUAUUUCUUCGUCUUUUGCAGUUUUCAAGAUAUGCUGACUGGCCAGAGGCUUUGCCAGUCUAGUUCUCAUAAUGAUGCUGUCUUGGCUGCUCUGAACCAGCAAAGAAGUGAUGGGAUCCUCUGUGAUAUAACUCUUAUAGCGGAAGAGCAGAAAUUCCAUGCCCACAAGGCAGUCCUAGCAGCUUGCAGUGACUACUUCAGAGUAAGUUAAUAUAGUAGUAUGUUUAUGUCCAUCAGCUCUGUUUUUAGAACACCAUAGAUAUUUGGAUAAUUAGUAGUAUUGAAAUCUUUCCAAUUUUUUUUUGCCCGUGUAAACAGUGAUCAUGAUCUGACCAGAUACUUCACAGGACAAGUUUUGGUUUUUUUUAGGUUCAGUGGGACUUAAAACUAGAUAUGUGAAUAUAGGAUUGUGAAACAUAACUGGGGAAUUUAUUUGACAUAUAUGUAGUAUUUAAAGGUAGGCAUUUACAUGUUUGUAGGUAUGUGCUCCUGUACAGUGGUACCUCUGGUUGUGGACGGGAUCCGUUCCGGAGCUCCAGUCAGAUUCUGAGGUUUCCGCAACCGGAGGUGCCUGUUCUGCGCAUGUGCGUGGCGCGAUAGAGUGCUACUGUGUAUGCGCACGCGGUGAAACCCAGAAAUAUACUUCUGGGUUUGCUGCAUGCAUAUCCCGAAGAAUACAUAACAAGAGGGACACGUAAGUAGAGGUACCACUGUAUUUACUAAAUAGAGUGUGUACACAGUUGUUGGCAGUGGGUGUGAGCCUAGAGCACCCUGUUCCACACUUAACACAGUCUAUUUUAUUUUAACUACUUUGUAUCUUUUUGAGAUCACAUUUUGAGUUAACUUACAGUAUAUGCUUUGUGAAGUUCUGGUUCAAUAGUAGUUUUCCAAUUUAAAGCAUUAAGUUUUGUUUUGUUUUUUAACUUCCCUUAAGGCCUGAAAAGGCAAGUGAUCUGGAAGACUGGAAGAAGACAUGCCGUUGUCUUCCCUAGUUUUAUUUAGGACACUUAUUCCCUUCAGUAAAAUUUGUAAGUUGAACACAUAAAAAGCAUAGUUUUGGACUCAUUAGGAAACACACACACACACCAAAAUGUAAAGUGGGACGCCAUGUUUGUUAGAACUAACCAAAAUGUCACAAGCAAAUUUCAAGUGCUGCAGAGCUAGUCAUCAGGCUGGAUGAACUGGGCUAUGUGAAAUGCUGACGUGAUGUUAAAGCAGAUAUGGGGAACCUUUGGCCCUCCAGAUGUUGCUGAACUACAGUUCCCAUUGUCCCAGACCAUUGGCCAUGCUUGCUGAGGCUGGUGGGGGUUGUAGUUCAGUCCCAUCUGGAGAGACAAAGAUUUCCCCCAAAAAGCAACAGACUUCCCAGUUAUAACAGUGUUAGGAAAGGAACACAAGAUGUAAUAAUACCGCUUUAUUCUGCUUUGGUCAGACCACACCUGUGUUCAGUUUUGGGUGCCACAAUUUAAGAAGAAUGUGUUCAGAGGAGGUCAACCAAGACAAGCAAGCGUCUGGAAACCAAGGAACGGUUGAGGAAGUUGGGUAUGUUUAGCCUGGAUAAGAGGAAACUGAGAGGAUAUAUGAUAGCCAUCUUCAAAUAUCUAAAGGGCUGUCACCUGGAAGAUGGAACAAGCUUGUUUUUUCCUGCUCUGGAGGGUAGGACCUGAACCAAUGGCUUCAAGUCACAAGGGAUUCUGACUAAACAUCAGGAAGAACUUUAUGAUGGUAAGAGCUGAAGCAGACCUCCUCAGAUGGUGGUGGACUCUCCUUCCUUGGAGGUUUUUAAGCAGAGGUUGGCUGGCCAUCUGCCAUGGAUGCUUUAGUUGAGAUUGCUGCAUUGUGGGGGGUUGAACUAGAUGACCCCCUCAGGGUUCCUUCCAACUCCACAAUUAUAUGAUUCUAGGAUUCAUUCUGUAGACUUAAUUUAAUUGGCCACAGCUAGAUGGUUGACAGAUUUCAGGUUGUGCUGUUAGCUGCUUGGACAAAUAAACAAAUUGUGGGUGAUUCCUGGCUUAUAAAAAGCAAACGUAAUGGAUCUUUCUCCAGCACUAAACAGAUCACACACAUGAUAGUCCUCUAUUAGCAAAGCUGAGAUUAAUUGUAGGUGGUACACUAGGUAAAAGCAGCUUGAAGGUUUUAUUCGAAAAUAUAACCUUAUUUUUUUUUUUUUUUUGGAAAGGUGGUACUGUGGUUAGAGGCUGUUGACAAGAUUACAGUUUUUUUUUACUAUAAUAUUGGAGACAAGGUAGAUUUGCACUCCUCCAGAAGUAGUAAUGCUUCCAGAUCACAAAUAUUCUCCUGGGAUUGCCAGGUAGCUGUGGUGGGCAGGAAUGUGUUCCGCUGACUUCACUUUAGAUGCCAAUCCUUUCCUGGAGAAACUAGACUUGGUCUCAAUCAUUCAGGCACUUUGUCACCUCAGACUAGACCAAUGUAAUGUGGUCUGCUUGGGGCUGUUCUUGAAGAAAAAUUGGUUUCAUAUGGUUCAAAAUAUAGGUGGAAUGUGUCUGGUUACAACUUUUUGAAAACCUUUUUCACUGUGUUUCUGAGCUCAAUUCAAGGUGCUGUUUUUGUGCUUUUAAAGCACUAAGUAGUCAGGGAUCAGAAUAUUUACAGAACCUCACUCCUUCCUUCAUAUGAGGCUGCCCAGGAACUCGCCUCCACCCACAAGACCCUUCUUCAGAUCUUACUGUGAUCAGUAUGUGGGUACUUGUCAUGCGGCCUUUUCAGCAAUGAUGUUCCUAAGAUUGGUACACCUGUUUCUACCACUCCUUGUUCUUAGGUGGGUGGUGAAGAUUUUUAUUUAAGUGGAUGCUCUCAGAAACUGCUGCUGUUGUUUUAGUUUGUUGUUCUAGUCUGGUUAGUGUAGUGCUGCUUUUAAAGAUGUGGUUGUUGUUGAUUUAACAGCGGAAUACUUUUACAGAAAGGCAGAAUAAAAUAAUAAUAGUAGCUGGAGGAGACUCUUGAGAGUCCCAUGGACUGCAAGAAGAUCAAACCUAUCCAUUCUUAAGGAAAUAAGACAAGUCCUCACUGGAAGGACUGAUCCUGAACCUGAGGCUCCAGUACUUUGGCCACCUCAUGAGAAGAGAAGACUCCCUGGAAAAGACCCUGAUGUUGGGAAAGAUUGAGGGCACAAGGAGAAGGGGACAACAGGGGACGAGAUGGUUGGACAGUGUUCUCGAAGCUACUAACAUGAGUUUGACCAAACUGCGGGAGGCAGUGGAAGACAGGAGUGCCUGGCGUGCUCUGGUCCAUGGGGUCAUGAAGAGUUGGACACAACUAAAUGACUAAACAACAACAACAAUGUACUGGAAAAUAUAUGGAAUCUUGGGUUGAGGCAGUGAGCUGUGAUCUUGGCAAGAAUUCGGAGCACUCAAAUGACUAGUCAUGGGGCUGGCAGGCAGAAUCGCCAUAUGUUGCCUUCAUCAUGCCAGUUGGCAUUUUAAAUGUUUGCCUGAACUCUGCUUAUGCCUCCGUGCUGAUCUUUCACUUACAAGAAGUGGUGUGGGAGUAGUUCCACUGUGGCUUCUUCACAAUCUGUUCGAUAACUGUGUGCAUAAGCAAACUUUGUGGGUGAGGAUGAAGGCAUCCUGUUGCAAAUAUUGCCUGGCAAGUACAAAGGAGAAUCUUAGUAUAUAGGAAGGAACCCUGUCGGUGACCUGCCUCCAUGGUUUGUUCACACACACUGCACAGAUAAAAAAGCAUGAGGAAUUGCUUAUCAAUGAGUGUGUACCUUGAGCUUUACUGUUCAGGGUUGUGGCGAGAAUGAAUAGAACAUGACUUUUGCCCAACCUCUUUCUCACUUCUUCUCAAAGGGGUCAAGGUUUUGAGUGCAUGGAGGUCAUCUUGUGUUAUUGAAAACCUAAAAAAUUAAGCAAAUAAAUAAAAACUCACAUCACCCUCAGCAGGAAGGGCAGUAAAACUUACCUUUCCCCAAACAUAAGAAUUUUUAGGUUUUAAAUUUUAGAAAAUUAUAUCCUGCUUUUAAAUAACUUCCUGGUCCUUUCUAUAUGUUUUGGACUACAACUUCCAUCAGCCCCAACCAGCAGUUGGGAGCUAUUAUCCAGUACCUAGAGACACACAGAUUCCUUAUCUCUGUCUCGAAGCUCAAUAAAUUCAACUGGGAUGGGGAAUGAGAAAAUCCAGUGGAUAAAAUGCUUAAUGAAAAGUUGUUCUGUCUGAUGUUUAAAGUACUGAUUUCUUAAUUUGGGGAUCAAAAAGAGAGAGGUCAUCUUAUACAUAUGGGGGCAUCUUAUACAUGGAAAAAUACAGUAAUAUUAAAAAAAUGCACACUCUUCCUCCCGCCCCUGGCAAAAGUGGUCUGUUUUGUCUACAGAAUAUACUAGUGUUGAAAAGUUCACUGAUCUUCAAGUUAGAAAACAGAUUUAAUCAGGGACAUUUCUGUGUGUUCAUAUAAUUCAGAAAACUGUUAGGCUGUAAUUAAUGAUGGUAUAUCAUCAGUAAACAAAAAGAGGUCACUGAAUAGAUAUCACUGGAGGUUAUGAAGUCAUUAAAUUGUGUUUGCAGAUAAUGGUUUUUAUCGCAUUUCUUUGUUUAAAAAAGUGGAUGUAUCAUAAAUAGUUGACUUUCUGAUAUAUUAAAAGCACAGCCCGUAUCUUCUAUUUUAUGCUGCAAAUAGAAAAUAAUCACAGUGUUUCCAUUCAGGCUUAAAUGGCAUGGAAUUUAAUUAGUAACUACCAUUUGCAGUACAGUUGUAAAUUGGUUACAUAGUGUAGUAAUUGUUAAGACUUUUAAAUGCUUCUGUCACUAAUUCAUGUUGCCAGGAGUGCCCAUUUAGGGUGGCUGAAUAAAAAAGUGAGGGCUGGGCUCCUGCACCUUUUUAUAGCUGAACAGAAGAGGGGGUUUCAGUAGAUGCAGCUUGCAUUUCACCUACAUCUGCUGAAAUGUUCUCUUCUGCAGAACUAUGAAAAGGUGCAGGGCCCUCCCUACUCCCACUUGCCCUCCCUACUCCCAUGUGAUUCUCUGUGGGAGUGCAGGGAGCUGCUAGAAGGUUUGCAAUCCAGCAGGGAUCUUAAGGAUCUCACAUGGGGACUGUAUGUGUAGCAGCUGUGGGUUGUAUGCCCACAAUGGCCCUUUUACAAGUCUUACUCUAUUUAACCGAAGGAUGGGAAUAAAAAUGCUCGCUGCAGUAUUGUUUUGUUAUCCUCUUACUGAUGGUUGGGGUAGGGUGUUGAGAGAUGGAGGGAGACUUGCCCAAGACCACAGAGUGAUUUGGAGGGUGUUGGGGGGGGGCAGGAUAUUGCUUUUCAGUUGGAAGGGUCCAAACACAGUAGUUUUCUGAAAGAUCACAGGCUUGUCACGUAUAUCUGGUUAUGAAAUGAAACCAGUAUAAAUUACUUUUGGAAUAAAUUGCAUACUGAUUAAUGACUGCAGUAUUACUAGCUAUCUUAAUUAGGGAACAGCAAAGCAGCAACAAAAGUCCCUUAUGUUUAAUAGGAAAUCCAAGUUUGAUCAAUGUUUUUUUUCUUAGGCGAUGUUCAGCCUUUGUAUGGUUGAAAGUGGCGCAGAUGAGGUGAAUUUACAUGGCAUCACAAGCAUAGGUUUAAAGCAAGCUCUGGACUUCGCGUACACUGGACAGGUAUAGUACUAAAAUCCUUAACAGGCAUAUAAAACAGACAGGGUCACCUUAGAAUAGACGGCACUGGGAUGUUACCAUGGCAACUGGCUUGGCUGGCCUUGCACCUGUUGGCUUAUCUCAUGCAUGGGGUGAUUUAUGCUCAUGAAGGAGAUUAAACCCUUCCUCCAUGUCCAGUUUCUCCAACAGGUUUGCAUUUCAGUACCAGAUCAGCAUCACACUUUCAGGGAGGAUGUAAAAACACAUUGGCCAGGAUCAAAAGAACUGCACAGCUUUCUACUUCUGUCUACAGGGGACUCUAAAAGAGCAUUCCUUUAUGCCACAUUGCAAAGCACUUUAGAAACUGAUGUGAUUUUUAGAUGCAGCUGAGAUAGCAGUAUCUGGAUGAUGGGGAGACCAGUAAAAAUAAGAACAAAGACAACCGAAUAAUCUCCCCUUCCACAUCACAUUUAAAAGGACAUUGGCUGUUGAUCUUAAUACUCAGGGGGGUCUGUAGGGAAAUACAGUCUUUCAGAUAUUUGGGAAUUAAGGGCUAAGUGAAAUAGGCUGGCCUUUGAAAAAUUCAGUUAUAAUCAUACUCACCUUGAACACAUUUUAACAUACCGUAUUUUUCGUUGCAUAGGACGCUCCGUCCCAUAGGACGCACCUACUUUUUUUGGGGGGGGGGAAUAAAGGAAAUUUUUUUUCCCUUUAUUCCCCCCCCCAUACCAGGACGGGGAACAGUGGGAUGGUGGCGCUGCGCCUCUUCGUUGUCCCCCGAGCUUGUGGGGCUGGCCGAUGUCUGCCCGGCGUGAGGGGCGCUCUGCUUCAGGGCGCCCCACGCGCCGGGCAGCAGGCUGCAGACACGUGCGCGAAGCACGGGGCGUCCUCCGGAGGGAGCCCCAUGUUCCGCGCUGCCGGCUGCCGCCCGCAAGCCGUGCGUGCUCGGGGGGAGUUCCCCCGGGUGCGCAAGGCUUGCAGACACCUGCGCGAAGCAUGGGGCGUCCUCCAGAGGGCGCCCCGUGCUCCGCGCUGCAGGCUGCCGCCCACAAGCCUUGCGCUCCCGGGGGGGAUCUCCCGGGUGCGCAAGGCUUGCCGACACCUGCGCGAAGCACGGGGCGUCCUCCGGAGGGCGCCCCGUGCUCCGCGCUGCAGGCUGCCGCCCGCAAGCCUUGCGUGCCCGGGGGAACUCCCCCCGGGUGCGCAAGGCUUGCAGAUAGCUUCCUGGAGCCUGGAGAGCAAGAGGUGCCGGUGCACACCGACGCCUCUCGCUCUCCAGGCUUCAGCGAAAGCCUGCAUUCGCCCCAUAGGACGCACACACAUUUCCCCUUCAUUUUUGGAGGGGGAAAAGUGCGUCCUAUAGGGCGAAAAAUACUGAAAUGUGCAGUCCCAUGUAAUCAACUGGAGUUGUGCCUUUUAAAAGACACUGUUUGUUAGGGAUAUGUAUUGUAUUAUUUUAACCAUGUGUGCCAAGAGCCCAGGAGGUUUUUUUUACAUUUGCUGGAAUGCCUUUCCUGAGAGACAGCUCUUUCAAAUGUUAGUAGCUGCUGUCAGAGCAGUGAGAAGCCUGUGUGCCCAUGAGGUGACUCAAAACCAUUGAAGUGUUAAUGGUGAAGAUUUCAAAGUAUUGCGUGGGUGUGAGGCAGAAAUGCUGUUAGCAAAUAAUUGGAUUUGUGCAUGUGCCUCCUACACACUGCUCUGAAAAGUCUUAGUCACAAUAGGUUUUGGUCCAUCAGUACAGUAUUACCAAGGGAAUAGGAUAUUUUCUUUCUGAAACAGAAUUUCCAGUGCCUACCACUCCCACCAGUAAAUAGAAAGCUCUUUUCACAACAGCCCUCACUGAGAUGAAAAAAUUAUAACUCAAAGCAAACCUGAGCCGUGUACGGUCCAAUAUCCUACUCUUCUGUCUCAACCAGGGGAAGGGAAAAGGAGAUGCCUCAUUUAUUAUCCUUGUUCUUUUCCAACAUAUGUUUUGUUCUUGUUUUGAUGAUGAUGAAGCCAUUCUGUAGCCCCAUCUUCAUUAACUUUACCUGGAGGUAAACCAUUCCAAAUUUAACAGGACAUGCAGAGGAGUGAGUUUAUGCAUAUUGAUUGAAAUACCAAACAUGCUGAGGAAACCACCUGAAAAUGCUGUCAUCUUGUAACUUGCGAAUGGACAGUGGUCUGGCCAGCUGGCUUUUUGAGAGUUAGGGCUCGUCCAGACUUCCAUUUGUGUCACAUUUCUAGGCACAGGUUAGGGCUUUAAAGAUCUGUGUAACCAGAGCUUAAUAAAUACUCAACUGGGGUGCACUUUAGUCUAGGGCUAGCCCUACGUACGUGAACUUUAUAGGUACUUAGAAUCAUCAAGUUGGAAGGGACGCUGAGGAUCAUCUAGUUCAUCCCUCUGCAAUGCAGGACUAUGCAGCUGUCCCUUUUGGGAAUCAAACCUGCAACUUCGGAAUCAUCAGUACCGUGCUCUAACCAACUGAGCUAUAUAUUGCGGGUCCUCUGCAGAGAGCUAAAUAAAGACAGUCUCAGCAUUGGGAAACACAUUCAAAUCCAUACUCAGCUAUAAAGUUCACUGGAUGACCUUUGGCCAGUCACUUUCUUUCAGCCUAACUUAUCUGACAGGUUUCUUACCAGGAUGAAAUAGUGAUGACAUGGGAGGUAUGUAGGAAGAAUGAGAGAGAGAAGACUACAAUCCUGUACAACAGAUGUGGGGAACUUUUGGCCUUCCAGUGUUGCUGAACUACAACUCCCAUCAGCCACAGCAAGCAUGGCCCAGUGGCCAGGGAUGAUGGGAGUUGCAGUUCAGCAACAUUUGGAGUGCCAAAGGAUAGCAAGUCCCAAAAAACUCUACAGGACAUACUGCUGAGUAGACGGCUAUAGGAUAAUGUAAAUGACCCCUGUUAAUGCCCCACAGAGUGCAGUGCUUGGUAUGCUAGAGGAGACUUGCUCAUUUGUUGUGAGUCACCCCUCUGGUUCAUCAUCUUACAAGGAGUUAGUAAACCAUGUUGGAUUGUGUUGUAUGUGAAACAAUUUAUCAGAUAGAUAAUACUUUGAUUGCAUAGGUAAUACAUUCAGUCUCCUUAAAAUAUGUGUUCUGUUAUUUCUCAGUUUCAUUUAUUUCUUUAAACAGCAGGAAAGUGGAACGUUCCUUUUCUGUAUAAAGUGGGUUUCUUGAGACCUCUAGUGAAAACAGCUGGUGUUGCAGGAUUGGAUAUUAAAAUGGGAAAAGGAAAUACUUCAUUAUUCCUGUUCAACAGAAGCAGUGUUCAUUAGAAAUGAUUGUUAGAAACACUUGUAAGGUUAUGGGAAACUCUCAAUGCAAAAAUAGUCAUCUCCCUAUGAAUUAUAUAAUAAUUUUUAGCAAUUAUAUUUAGGAUACCGUCUAGAGCUAUUAGAUCAUGUUUUAAAGUGUAUACAGUGGUACCUCGAGUUACAAACGCCUCAGGUCACAAACACUUCAGGUUACAAACUCUGCUAACCUGGAAGAGUUACCUCGAGUUGAGAACUUUGCCCCAGGAUGAGAACGGAAAUCGUGUGCUGUCAAUGCAGCGGCAGCAAGAAGCCCCAUUAGCGAAAGCGCGCUUCUAGUUAAGAACAGUUUCAGGUUAAGAACGGACCUCCGGAACGAAUUAAGUUCAUAAGUAGAGGUACCACUGUAUUAAGUUAUGAUGUCAGGUUAUGUUUUGAACCUGUCUUUAACUUUUUAGCAGUCACUGCAUAAGAUUUAAUGCAGUCCUUUUAUAUUUAGCUGGUUGUUUUCUUAACUUGAUCUAAGUUUGUUUAUCUAGUACUUUUCAUGAGGUACUGUUGAUGGCUGCUGCAUUUGACCAAAGAUCAGCCUUAAAAGAUCAGGCUUGCAGUUCGGGAGUGAUUGAGCCAACCUUGAUACUGAAAGCCCCUGCUGAAUGUCAUGCCUUUUGCCAGCUAAACCUAGUGCACCAGCUACAACAGAAGUAGCCAACAUGGUUCCUUCCGGGGGGUUUUGGUCUCCCACUUCUAUCAGCACCAGCUGGUAUGGCCAAUGGCCAGGGCUGAUGAGAGUCCAGUAACAUCUGAAAAGGCACCAUGUUGACUACCCCUGAGCUACAACUUCUCCAGGACAGAGAUAGCUUAUCAGAAUGAUCCAUAGGCUGUUAAUUCCAGGUAGGUUACCACAGUGCAGGGAUUCCUUUGACAUCUCAUAAACUUCUUUUAGUUCAGAACACAGCUGUCUGGUUCCUCCCUGGCACUUUGUGAGCUGAUUGCCGAAUAGAGAGACAGACACAGAAGCUGGGUUGAACUAGGGGCACUUCAGUUAAGAGUAAAACCCAUAAAAAACCCUGUUGAGGGAAAACAUUAUUGCAGGAGCAAACCUGAACCUGAACAACAGCAGUCACUGGGGAGACCAAAACUCCUGCCUGCAGGAAGGGGAGGCAAGGUUGUCAAGCCUGCCUCACAUUCCCAGGUCACCCCAUGAUGGUGAGUAGGAAUGCCUAUGCUGCUCCAUCGCCACCCACUCAAGGCCCCAUAGCUUUGGUCAGAUGAAGCAGUUUAACCUCAAUGCCCCUAUCCUACCACAGAGAUGCAGAGCCCAGAGUGUAAGCCUCGGGGGCAGCCCAUCACCCAGAAAGGCACCCAAAGGCUAAAAUGCAACUACUUUCCUUCCUGAACUGCCAAAAUCAACCAAACUGAAGAUCAGAUUAGCCGAAUUAACAGUACAGCAGACAAUCUGAUACCUAGCACCCAGCUAUUCAGUAUGGAAUAGGCAAAACAAAAACAAAACCCCACAAACAGGUGGAUCAGCUAUAAAUUCACAUGGAGAGACAGGGAGGGAGUGUGGGUGGUGGGUGCUGCUGCCAGGAAAAGAAGAGGGAGAGAGGUGGCAGUACAGCACUUAAAUGACAGUCUGUCUCUACCCCACUCUCAAGCAUGUGACUGACACAAGAGAGUCAGACAGGCUGUCUCCUUCAGCCUGAAUAGGCCACAGAUUUGCCCCGCUAGCUGGUACCAAGGCAGAAUGGGCAGCGGAAUACAACAGCUUCACUUGUUAGUUUACUUCUAAGCACAAGAGCUGGUUUUAUAUGGCUUGGGAUCUAGAGGCCUGAAUAACCCUUUCCCAAAUGUACCUGUCCAUGCACUGAGAAUCAGUGCCCUACCCUCUUAAGUUACAGUAGGUCAUUUGUGGUCAGUGUUAAAAUUUCAUUAACUGUGGCAUUUCUCCCCAGAAAGGCUCACCUGGUACCUAUGCUGAUAUUACAGUGUCAGGUGAAGAAGGUUUUAUUUUCCCAGCUUUACUUACUAAAUCCAAAGGUCUGAUUCCCACAUUGUUCCAUGCAGCAGCAAGGAGAACACAAGUAGAUUACUCAUGGGUGCAAAAUACACAAUAUAGCUACAAGUAUGCAGUCUGAACUUGGAUGAAGUUCAGAUACAUCUGUCCUGGUGGAUUACAUGGCUGGAAGAGACGAGUGAGGAACAGGAAAGGAAGCAGCUUCAUUUCCACAUGGAAAAGAGGGGGAAUACCUAGCUGAAUCUAGGAAUAGAGCUCUAUGGUCGUAACCCCUUCAUGCACUAACAAGCACUCAUGCACAGUUACGUUUGACUGUAAUUUCCCACAACAAUUACUUGGAAUGUGUUACGUUCACAUCCCCCCUCUGUUUGUUUGUUUUGUUUAUGGUCCUUGCUAGCUCAAUUGCAGAUCUCAAAACUGCUAAUGUGCAAAGCUUCAUGUAGAUGACAAAAACAUGGGGGAUAUCUCUGUGGUAGUGUAAAGUAGCUACAUUUGUGCAAAGUUAGAAACAAAAAUAAGUUAUCUGUUGAACAUUCUAGUGAAUAUGCACACAAGCUGGACAUAUUGACAAUAUUUGACUUCUUUUGGUAACGGUGUGAUCAGUGUUGAUAUGUUUGUGUUGUUGUUUAGUUGUUUAGUCGUGUCUGACUCUUCCUGACCCCAUGGACCAGAGCACGCCAGGCACUCCUGUCUUCCACUGCCUCCCACAGUUUGGUCAAAUUCAUGCUGGUAGCUUUGAGAACACUGUCCAACCAUCUCGUCCUCUGUCAUCCCCUUCUCCUUGUGCCCUCAAUCUUUCCCAACAUCAGGGUCUUUUCCAGGGAGUCUUCUCUUCUCAUGAGGCGGCCAAAGUAUUGGAGCCUCAGCUUCAGGAUCUGUCCUUCCAGUGAGCACUCAGGGCUGAUUUCCUUAAGAAUGGAUAGGUUUGAUCAUCUUGCAGUCCACGGGACUCUCAAGAGUCUCCUCCAGCACCAUAAUUCAAAAGCACCAAUUCUUCGGCGAUCAGCCUUCUUUAUGGUCCAGCUCUCACUUCCAUACAUCACUACUGGGAAAACCUUUCGCUUCCAGGCAUAUUUGCAACUGAGUGACCUUUCAGCUUUUGCCCAGCCACUUCAUCAGCUCUGAAUCUACUUGUACUCGUCCUCCGCUCUUCCUCAGUAGCAUGUUGGACACCUUCCGACCUGAGGGGCUCAUCUUCCAGUGUCAUAACUUUUAUAUGCCUGUUGUCUUUGUCCAUGGAGUUUUCUUGGCAGGGAUACUGGAGUGGCUUGCCGGUUCCUGCUCUAGGUGGAUCACGUUUGGUCAAAACUCUCCACUAUGACCUGUCCAUCUUGGGUGGCCCUGCACGGCAUAGCUCAUAGCUUCUCUGAGUUAUUCAAGCCCCUUCGCCACGGCAAGGCAGUGCUCCAUGAAGGGGGAUAUGUUUGUAGUAGUAUGCAAAUCUGGCAGUUUCUCUGCAAGGCAAAUUAGCCCGAUGACUCCCCUCACCAUGAGCUGCUGAGAAAACACGGGCUAAAGCAAUAAGUGGGCACCAUUCAGCAUAUUGGUUGUAUGAAUCUGCUGUAAGGAAAAUGUUGUUAAUAGGUGUAAUUUAAUAAUAUUUGCUGGCUACAGAAAUAAGUAGCAGUGCUUCUCUCUCCUUCCUGUCUGUUGUGAGGAGAAAGAACAGUGCCUGCUUUUUAACUGUAGUUAAACCUUUUGUUUGAAAGGGUUUUCAAACAAAAUGCGAAACUUUAUGCACCUGGAGUGUUGUAAGAAUUGACAGCUUCAAAUAUCACAUUGAAUAUUUUUCAGAGCACUUUCAAGGACAAGUUCCUUACAAGUUCUCUUUCUCUUUAUUCCCCAAUAUAGGUACUCUUGGAACCAGGUGUGAUUCAAGAUGUGCUUGCUGCAGGGAGCCAUCUGCAGCUGCUGGAAAUGCUUAGUUUAUGUUCUCACUAUCUUAUCCAGGUAAGGCUAAGGGGCUUGAUUCUCCCCUUUAUUUGGUUGCACUUAGCUUAAUUCUUAAGUCUGUGUUACAUCUGUGAGGUCGGGAUAAGCACCUUCAGCUGUAUGACAGGAAGCGAUAACUACACAAUACCUUGAUUAAGACUUUGAACUGGACUUCUGUUUAGCCUUUGAUCUGUACAGGAUGGAUUUCUUUUGGGAAUGGGGAGGCAGAAAUCAGGUAUAUGCCCCUGUGUUCUCCAGAGAAGACAACUGUAAUGUGUGGCACAUGUGGCUGCCUUUGAAGAUUGUUCAAACACUUCCAUUAGUGCAGGAUAUUGCUGUUUAGAUUACUAACUGGAACUGGACAUAAUUAUUAUUAUUUUGUCAGUUUACUCAUAUAAAUUUCUCAAAGUGACUUACAAACACAAUCAAAACACUCAAACAAUUACAAUAAACACAAGUACAUCUAUGCACAUUAUGAGAAUGAUUCACCUGUGCUAUGCCAAAUGCUCUGGUUUCCAGUCUGUUUUGAGGUCCAGUUCAUAGUGCUAUGUUUAGACCUUCAUGGCUUAGGUGGUGCUUUAAGUUCCCUGCUCCUAUCUCCAUCUGUGCACCUUCCUCUCCAUUCUUUAGGCUAAAGAGGGUCAAUAUUGCCUAUGUACUUUCUGUACAAGUAAACAGCUAUAUUGCAGGGUUCCUGCGGAGCAUUGUUUCAACAACAGGGAUCUACCCAAACCUUUUCAGAUAAAGACAUUUUGGUGCGUAGAAUGCAAAGUCAUUUUAAAACAGCAUUUUUGGGACCUGGAAACUGUUCCUUUUCUGCAAAACAUAAAAUAAAUAAAGAAUCACUGAAUUGUAAUAGUUCUUUUCUCAGUGCUUUUGUCACAAAAGUGAAUGCUUUGCGAAAGGUGGUUCACAGAGCAUCUGGAGCACUCGCUGGUGGGUGUCUGCAACUUCACAAAUGAUUAGCUACCCCCUCUGCAAUAUAAUGGUCCCCCCUCUUUCAAAAUAGAAGUUACUUACAGGGCUGCCAAAAAUGAGCAAAUGGCUGUCUCAGCCCAUCAUUUCUAUGGCUUUAGGGUGCUCUUUUCCCUCUAUUUUUUUUGCCUGCAGAUUACUGGGUUGAAGGCAAGAGAAGCAGAACCAAUGGCACUCAUCUUGUCUGAUCUAUUGCUGCAGUUUGAAGUGGCGAGAUAACUGUUUCCCCUUGUGGCGAUUCCCCCCCCCCCCUAUAUUUGCCAUAGGGUUUGUAUAGGGUACAGCGAAUCUAGAAUAACAUUAACCAGCCCUAACGCUUUUUAUUGUUGUUGUUGCAUUACUCUUGUGAACAUCUUGCCUGAUGAAAACUAUUGAAAAGCUUGGAAGCUUGCCACUAUUUUGUGCUUGGUUUCAAGAAAAACACUGUCCAUUUGGGAUCUUUUAAACCUUCAUCAAGUCACCCCAGUUUUCUCAUUCUAAAUGUUGAUGCUUCUGUAUUGCAUUUUAUGUAUAGAGAUAAGAUUCAGAUGCCUUUCCAUUAUGUGUCUGCUAGUUUUGAUAGUGGAUGAAGGAGCCAAUCUGGCGUUUAUCUCCAAGACCUGGGUGGGUGAGCUGGGGGGAGUGCAUUUUGCCCAGCUUUGCUUGUCUGGUACUUUGUGCAGCAUCAACAUAGACUAGAGGAUCUGGGAUAGGAGUUGACUUCUCCUUCUGGGGACUGGCCUUGCUGGUUUACCACCUAGCCUACUGCCCAGCAGCUUUCCCAGCUGUGUUGGUUUACUGUAGUGUGGUGUUGGGAACUGUUGUCAUGAGAGACUUCAGCAUGCAUACCAUUGGUGGUAUGGAAAUCAGAGAUAGUGUCCUCUCUGACACUGUGGGGUAAAUCCUGUCCCCUGGUAUACUGCGGAGCUAUGUGCUAUUAAAUAGGCUGCAUGACUGCUAGAGCAGAUGGUGAAAGUACCACUGCAAAGUUGACCAAGCAUGAGUUAGAGCACAUAAUGGUGCCUACUUAGUGGUGAUGAAAACAAUGAAGUAGGCCUACUCCAUUGGAUCAUUGAGUAAUUGCCCAGUGGAGCUCUUCACUCUUCAGGGUGGUCUGUGGGCUCUUGAGACUUAUAUUGGUAGAUGGAACCCACCCAGGACACCUCAGAGACCCUUUGUGAUUUCCUUGCUGCGUGUUUUGAGGGCAGUCACCUGCCUUGGUAGUGAGCUUGAUGCCAUGGUUGACACAACUUCUAGUAAGGUUUCCAAUGCUCCAUCAAACCUUUCAAUGUGAGAUCAGUUUCAGUUCUUGCAGCCCAACAACAUGUGCCAAGUGCUUGCAAGUAUGCACCCAACCACGUAUCCUCUUGACCCUUAUCUUUCAUGGCUGAUUGAAGCUAGAUUGGAGGUGGGGAGCUAGGUGUUUUUAAGUGGGGGUGGGGUGGUGCCUUCCACCUUGAGGGAGACACUAGUGUGGCCAAUCCUGAAGAUAACGUUGUACAAGUGUUUCUCAUCCCCCCUGGCUCUGGAGCUACAGGUGCUGAAGGACACCAUAUUAUCUCCAGUGCUGUUUAACAUCAAAUCAUAUUUGGAAUUAGUCAUUAGGAGAUUUGGAGUGAGGUAUGAUCAAUAUAGGGAUGCGGGUGGUGCUGUGGGUUAAACCACAGAGCCUAGGAAUGCCGAUCAGAAGGUUGGUGGUCCGAAUCCCCAUGAUGGGGUGAGCUCCCAUUGCUGGGUCCCAGCUCCUGCCAACCUAGCAGUUUGAAAGCACGUCAAAGUGCAAGUAGAUAAAUAGGUACCGCACCGGCGGGAAGGUAAACAGUGUUUCCGUGCGCUGCUCUGGUUUCGCCAGAAGCGGGUUAGUCAUGCUGGCCACAUGACCCAGAAGCUGUAUGCCGGCUCCCUUGGCCAGUAAAGCGAGAAGAGAGCCGCAACCCCAGAGUCGGACCUAAUGGUCAGGGGUCCCUUUACCUUUACCUUUAUGAUCAAUAUGCUUAUGAUGCCCAACUCUAUUUCUCUGUGACAUGUGAACUGGGUGAACUAUUCACAGGUCCAGGGAACUGGCCUGGAUGGGGCUGCACUCUUUCUAAAGGAGCAGGUUGUUGUAGACCCAGUUAUUGGAACCCCAGGUGUUCCUUGGUGCCUUUAACCAGCUGCAUUGUCUUCUAUGUGGUAUGAAGGUUGGUCUCAAGGAUACAGCUGGCCAGAGAAUUAGGAACUGGAAGGUAUAUAAUGUCAUGAAUUCCUUAGAACUUUUGCCGACUCAUUAGUUGCUCAGUGUUUUAAUUAAGCAACACUGAACUGUGUUGAAGUUUGCUGGAUUCCUGAGGGUUUGGCUUUAAUCUUGAAUUUCUGAAUUGAAGGACUAGAAAGAUUUGCAGGAUUUCUUUUUGCCCCAUGCCCCUCUUAGAAUGUGGACAGGAAUUUAUGGUGGCAACAGCUGUAGAGAAGUCCAGUAGAGUGACUCUUCGAUACAGUGCUGUUGUCUUUAUUAAGAAGCAGUAACAAUCACAGCAAUAUGUUCUAUUUUUACAUUCUGUUAUCUGAAUUAUUACUGGCAGGCAAGGAGAAGUGCUGGAAAGUGUUGUGGUUUUUCUUCCCGGGAGCUUUUAUUACCUUGAUAGAAAGACUUGAUUAGACACUGGGGCUUAGUUUAUGAUACAACUAAAGUCUAUAUAGUUAGGCUAAUUCAUAGUUUAACAUGUGCAGGGAAUUAAUCUUACAAAAGGUGCUGUGCUACAAUCCACAUGGGCUGGCAGGAGCUUUUGUUAAGCGUCUGCAUUCAUGCAGUCCUUACAACACGGCAAAUAAUGUUUUAAAGGCAGGUUGUUUCCCCCCAUAACUUGGUUUUUGAACCUGUGAACAUCUGCUGACUGAAAGGUGCUAGGUUCAGGGGUAGCAACUGUGAUGUAGGUCUUGCCCUGUGGCAGUUGCUUAAAGUGGCAGAUUUCAUGGAGCACACAAUUUUCCUGCUUGUCUGUCAUUUUGAAAAGGCAGGGGAGAAGGGAAUCAUAAGACACACUGCCUGUGAUGUUUGAUCUGUGCUGGUGGUGUGACGCAUGAAGCAAUAAGCAUGCAUUUAGACAUCCAUCUAGGAACUGCAUCUUGAUUUCAUUCAUUCAGAUAUUUGCUGAAUGAUAAUGACGUGUACUAUAUAUGUAUUUUUAUCCAUCUUAUCACUUAAUUUGCGUUUCAUUUGUCAAGUGGAACUGGUUGGUACGUGCAAAUAUUACAUGUCCUGUAAUUUACCAGCCAGCAUUUGAGCAGAGGGGAGUCUCACUGGACUUGGGAUGGGUGGGAAGGUUUCAGGUUUUAAAACAACAAAACUGGUAUUAUAGAUGAUUGGGGUGUAUUUUGUUUUGUCUUGAAAGACUCUGGAAUCCCCACAAUACUCACCACUAAGCAGCAGGUGGCAGUGUAAGCCCACUUGUUUGAAUAAAUUAAAGCGUCAGAAAGAACAAAAAUGAAAAGAAAUUAUUUAUUUUGCUCCAUAUUAGUCUUGUGACCUAAUCAGUAAAAAAGUCAUUAUUCACACAACACUGGGCAAUAUGCAUUGUAAUUUUUAACAAAUAAUGGGGAACUGUUAACGGUUUCACAGGAAAUACAGCCCUGUCUUGUGCAGCAGUGGUCAUUUAUCAUUGCACUUUGUGAAAUCACUCAUUUGUUCUAAUUUGAAUGUAAAUGACUCUAAGGUUUUACAAAUAAGGUGACAGACUCACAUAAAUGUAAUUGCAGGGUUCAUCUCUCUCUUUUUAUAUAUCACUCAUUAAGUUAUGAAUUAAAUACAUCGUAUUAAACCAGGGGCAUGUCCAAUGAUGAUAUUGUAAUGGCAAAUUACUCUAUGCUAUUAGAGGUGUAUUUUUUAUUCAUGGACAUUAAUUUGUCAUUAAACGGCAUUAGUUUAGCACUUUUAUGUGGGAUACGUGACCUGAAAGAGGAGACUUGCUUCUCUAAUGUGAGAGAAUAGGAAAUAUGAGUACCAGAUGCAUGUAGCCCUUUUAGCUCUUGGAAAGAAAUGGAGGAAUAUUUUAUUUCAGCUUCCCCAGUCCUAUCCACCCACAUGCACAAAAUUUUUAAAUUGGUUUUUAUCCAUGUUAAUAGACAUCUCUGAAGAAUGAGUAGCCUUCAUAUUUUAAAUCUUGUUUCUCAUCCAAAAGCUACUGAGAAAGGUUAAGAUGGGAAAAGAAUAAGUUCAUCUUCAGAUGUCUGUCAGAUGCUUGCCGGGUUUUGAGUGAUUAUUCUUUUCGGCAGCCUAAAAUAGAAGUGAUAAUCUGCUUUGCUUUUAGCAAAGUGGGAAACUUAUUAGGUGGGCCCUAGGACUUCUGUUCUCUCUCUCUCUCUCUCUCUCUAUAUAUAUAUAUAUAUUCAUGCUUACAUAAAGUAAAGCCCCUAUCAAAUAUGAAACCUGCACCACAAAAAUAAGAACACAUGUUCAGUACUUGGAAUGAAUUAAUGAAAAGUACAUAUGAAAUUUGAAUAAUCUGCUCUUGUUGGCAAGGUCUGGGUUGAUAGAAUCAUAUAGUUGGAAGGGACCCAAGGGUCAUCUAGUCCAACCCCCUGCAAUGCAGGAAUCUCGGUAGGGAGCAGAGAAAGUGUAUCUUAAAGUUGGGUAAUCAGGCUGAAGAAGUAGGUUCUAAAAUGUAUCUGCAGGCCAUCAAAGCUCUAUUGUGCCAUUGCAGUCAAGAAGGUUUUGAAAUAUCCUGAAGACCCCUGCCUCAAAGAAAAAAGCAGGAUCUGUGGGUGGAAACAGAUUGCCACAUUGCUGGUUGCAGCCCUGAGCAUACAAAGAGUGCCAAAUCUGGAAAGUAAACUUAGCAGGGAAGAUGUGGCGCAGGGUGUGAAAUAUUGGGAACAGUAAUGGUUUUGACAGGACUGGUUCUCUCAAUCUCUGAACCACAGCUAAGAGAGCAAAAGUCUCCUGUGGACAUGCAGACUUCCUCUUUUCUAUCUCCUGUACCCCACCUUCCUCAUCUCUUUUUCAGUUAACUGUGAUUAGCAUAACAUCUGAAACAAUGUUAAUGAUAAUGAUGGGAUUGUGCAAAGCCAAGUUAAAGAUAACCAUGGGUUAGUAUUAAAGCACAUGACUUGACUAGGAUUAGAAGGGAGGGGGGCAUUUUUAGCAAGAAAGAUAUAGGGAAAGGCAGUUUGGGAACCCAAAUGGUGCUUCUAAUCUGGGGUGGGGAGGGUUGCCCUAUUUCAAACAGUGAAAAUCUGGAAAGAAAAGUUGUUUGCUUAGCUUUUUGGGCAAAAUUGCAAACAACAACAACAACAACAACAACACAACCCUGUAUUUGAACUAUUUUUUUUGUGGGGGGUGGCAAAAACAGCACUGCAACACGGGCAGAUUUCCCCAGAAUUUUUUCUCCAUUUUUGCCUGGACACUGCUGCCGACUGCAGUAUUUUGGAUAUGUCUGGACCUAUGGCAACCCUAGGGGUGGGCAGCUUUUCAGUGGUGCCCCCCUUUCCCUAGAGUGGCCCACUCGAUGUCUAUAAUGACAUCUUGUCAGCAUUGGGCCAUGGUCUUUCUGUCUACCCAGGCCUUUUAACGUAUUUUAAUAUUUUUAAUCCUACGUUGACUUGGGCUACUGUUCCUUUCUCUCAUUGGAUGUUUCGUUUUAUAAUUUGAUCCAAGCUGUGUGCUUCCUAGAAGAUUUGGUUAAUAGAUGAUGGAUACAUUAUUGUUGUAUUAUUUAUCAAUGACAUGAUAGAUCUCCUAGGAAUUUAUCUGCCUAAAUACCAGUUGAAAUGAAUGGAAGAUACCCAAGAACACUUGAGAUAUUUGCAUAAAUCCUAAUUAUGUCAAUGAGGUUUGUAGAGGAGCUUCAUGGUCGCUUUUUGCCGCAGAAAGUAUGCCUACCUGUGUGGAUAUUAUGCUGCAAUAGAUGUGAGUUUGCAAUUAAGCCUCUGCAGGGUUAAUACAGCUAUGGUGUGGCAAAUGAUAUAAAAUGCUGGAAAUUGUAGUGAUUUUGAAAGGGACUGGUUUUCUUAUAUAUAUGUUGAUCUGCCAAAUCUAAGGUGUAGAUAGUGUUUGAUUAUAUAGUCAAAUAAAAAUCUGGCAUUUAAUAUAGGAUGGACAUUGGUUUGCCAAGUGCGCUCGGUCUUUCUCUCUGCGUGUGUUUGUGCAUAUUUGGGGGAGGAGGUUAAUCUCUGUAGAUAGGAUUUUAUAUAUGGUUUCCACAUAAUUUUAGUAUAUUACCUAUUUCUUAUUAGUCAGUAUCUAUUGUCAUAAAAUGCAACCAGUUAAAGAUAAAACUAUCUCUUUAUUGCUGUUCAGAUAUGUAUACAAACUCUGUACCUCUAGCUGGUAAUUUGCAGUAUAUACACUUUUUGAUAUUUUAAAUUGAAUUAUCGUUUCAUCUUGGAACUGAUGAAGGGAGGGGCAAAAUCACCUUCAGUGCAUCAUGUUUGCGUAUAGGAAGGGCUGGUGGUAUAUGGAUGGAAAAUCACGUAAUACCUUGAUUUAUAAUUAUUCUGUAAUCCAAAAACAAAGCAGGUGGAGUAACAACUGGGUAUGAUGCCUUGGAUAUUAAUGGCUUGGCUGAGCGAUGGAAUUUCUAAAGCUGUAUACACUUUUUCCUGUCUUAAUUAUGCAUUCAUUAGAAGCUUUUAUACCCAACAGAAUAAAGUAAAUAUUUUUUGAUCUCUGUAGUGUGCUCCCAGAUUGUAGAUUUGCACAGCAGGGUCUUGAUAAUCUGAAUAAAUUGUAUUUCCCUAAGGAGUUUAUCUUUCAAAUAAGGUCAUAAAGAAAUGCAGUCUCUCCCCUUAGUUCUCCUUGUGUUUUUCUUUUCUUUUUAUAGCACAGCACACAGGAACAGAGGUAUAUUGUACUCUGCUGUGUACUUGGUUGUGAUUAACUCUCAUUUAUCAGCCUCUUACUUACAUACAUCCUUUCGGUGGCACAUGCAGUGCUUUUCUUAAACGUAUAAAGAAAAACAAGUGAUAUGAAAUAAUACUAAAAUAGAAUGUUGAUGAGUAUUUCCCUAUACACUGUAGUUGGUGUCUCUUUUGGCAUACAUAAUGUGUAUAUGUUGAGAGCCAUAGGUACAGUAUAAUUUGCAGCUGUGUGAGCCAUACAAAUUCACGGGACUCAUAUAUAUCAUUUAUUAGGGGUGUGGGCACUUUGAAAAAUAUCCUGCAAGCUCUCUUGUAAAUGUUCUGCUAAUCUGAUGCAAUAAGAUUUUUUAAGUGCACGCUCACGGUUUAAACCUUUCUGCAACCCAAUCCUGUUCACAUUUACUUUUUAAAGUAAACCCCCCUUGAAUUUAGUUGCAUUUUUUUUAUUGGCUUGUGGGUUGGACUAGAUGAAGUACCUUCCAACUUUAUGAUAUGUUCCCAACGUAAGUGUUCAGAGGGUUGCAGCUGUAUGCAAAAGUUCCUAUGUUAUUUUCAGUAAGGCUUCUAGAAUACAGAUGAUUGAAUUAAUUUUAAAACAGAGUUUGAAAAGAAUUGACACACAUUCACAAGCUAUGAGAGCAUUUUCAUGAAGCAAAACAUUAAAGUAUUUUGCUUCGCUUCUUUACAUUUAUACUCCACCUUUCCAUUAAAAAAAAUGCCUAAGGCAAUUAACAGUAAAAUUCAGAACAACUCCUCUCCGAACUAAUUCAUAAACAAGCAACCAAUAUCACAAUAAAAUAAAGAGGAGUUAAAAAUGGCAGGCAGUUUAAAGUGUUAUUAAAUUAAGUACGCUUGAUCACAUUUUAACCAACCAGGCUAAUCACUGCAUGAAUAAAUAGUAAUAAAAAGCAUGUGUUAGAUGGGAAAAGCUCCUUCUGAUCAUGUAAGUAUUUUGAUCCAGUGCUGGCAGUGGGGAACUUUGAUUUCCUCCCUUCCCCUGCAACCUCAAGUAUCACCUUCCAUAUUGCUCUAUAUUCUGAGCAGAUUUGCACUCAGAGGAUGCUCUUCCUGGCAGGACCAAAGUCUGGAUCCAGUCACUAAAUUAAGAAACAGGGCAUAAUCCAAUCAAUGAUAAAUAUUGUAAGCCUCACUUAUUUUUAUAUGGUAUAGGCUUACACUUUCCAGUUUGAAAUGAGUAGGUUUAAGCAUGCUUUGGCUGGGUUGUGCCAUUUGAACAUGCAUCAGUAGAGCAACAUUUAGCAUUGGCAGUCUUCUCCUUAGUUUAAUGUGCCCCAUUUUCUUACAAAGGUACCCAAUAGCUAAUAGUGAUAUGAUUUAUUGCAGCCUGCAGGAAACCUGGCUACCAUUGGUGACUGAGAAUUGAUGAUUGGCAGUGGGCCUAUAAAUUAUCCGCCUGACCCACGAGAGAACACUUGAGGACAAGUUGAAGGAAACUGCUCCCACCUGAGUUUUCUGUAGUAUCAGAAACCUAUAUGAGAUUAUGGGAGUAACAAAAUAGGAAACAGGGAUGGGGAAGCCAACCAGUGAUUGUCAACAUUAUUCAUUAGUGUGUACCUCUGAAUUUGCAGGCAAGCACAAAAGUUGAAUAGAGCUAUGUUGAUGGUAUACAUUAUAUAGAACAAUAAAUAAAUAGUUUGAUGGUCCAGACUUUCACAUGUGUAUGUUGACAUUCAUUGGACUUCAGUGCAACAUUUAUAAUAAUAAAAUGGUAAAGCAUUUGAAAGUGAAAUUGCUAUCACAAGCUAUGGUCAGUUCUGGAUUGCUCCUAACAACUAUAACUGCAUUUCUGAACUGAAUUACUUUUUAGUAGAUGUCUUAAAAAAUACUACUGUUCCUAUAACAUUUUUGUUUUGAAAUGCAUUCCAAGGAGGCAGUUUAGAUUGCUGUGUUUCAGAUAACUGCCUUAAUAUAUUUUUAGGGGGGUGGGUACCAAAAGAAGAUAAAAAGUUCAACUCCUGCAGACAAUUCCUGUACUUUUGUCAUGUCAUUAUGCUUCCAAAGCCCUAUCGCUGAUUGGAAGGUGGGUUAUCUGAUCAGUAAUAUACAUCUCACAAUCUCAGCAUGACAUUUUUUGGCAUGCAGCUUCAUCAGCUGGGUAGCAGUGUAUCACAGUGUAUAAUUUUAAGCUGAAGAAGUGAUUGGUAUUACAAUGGAGUGAAUUUUGUUGGAGGAGGCUGAUAUACUUAGCUUCCUUGGCUGUGGAAUUCAGAACUAAAGUUCUUGUAUCCUGAGUGGGCAAGGACUCAGUGCUGUUUAAAAUAAUAAUGUGGGACAAAGUUUGAGAUCCUUAAAAGCUCCAUAUUCAAGUUGUUUAUCAGACUGACCAUAUGUAGAAGAGAGGUAGCUGAUAGCUGCAGCCCAGUGGUUAAAACAGUGGUUAAAAAGCAGGACUACAACUCCCAUCAUCCCUUGCUAGCUAGGGAUGGUGGGAGUUGUAGUCCAACAGCACCCAGGGGCCCAAGUUUGAGAAACACUGAGUGAAAGCAUAGGUUAUAGAGAAGUCAGUGUGGAACAGUGAACUUGGGAGGCAUGGGUUCAAAUGUCUACACAGCCUGUCACUGUAUUGUGGCCUGAUUUUCCUACAGGGUUACUGCAAGAAUAAAAUGUGAUAACAGUAUAUAAUGCCAGUAUAGAAAAUAUGGGGAGUGCUUGUGGUAGCUAAUAUCAAUAAUUUUUCUUUUCACACUGGCCAGGAUUUGAAGAGCAGCAUUAGAUGAGCCCAAGGACUGGGCUCUCCCCAUUUGAUCUUUUUAAAACUUGGAAUGGUAGAUUCCAAUCUGCUUUUGAAACUCUCCUGAAUUUUCAGAAGCCUUGUAUGGGGUGCACUGUUAAAGAAACACAAAUUUAUUUUGAAAUAAGAGAAGGGCUUCUUCAUCUGAAGUCAUCUCCCACACUUAAAAAUAAUAAUAUUGAGAACCACAAUUAUUUACUUGAAUCCAAUAGAAACAUCAGCAAACAAAUAACUCCAGCCAAAAAAAAAGACUCAGCAACUGCAAUGGCAUGACGGCAUAAUAUUUUUUCUCAUUAUGGGUCUCAUCACCAUUAUCUUAGUUAUUCAAAGGACCUGACAUCUUAAACAACAUCAACCGAUAAUUGUCUGAACACUUGAAUCCAUUAUUUUUUCAUCACAUUUCAGCCUUGUACUUUCAGUGAUGUUAGCGAGUUGUUUUUCAAGUUAUGACAUUGGGAUAUUGUAUCCCAAAAUCUCAAUAACUGUGGGCACUCCACCAGAGAUGAAUAUAUGUGCCCUGCUGGCUAUAACUUCUUCAAACCCUAGCACUAGGCCUCUCCCAAAACUGGGGACAUGGUACCUAGCAGAUACAUUAAAUCUCAUCAGGGCAUGAUACCAUAUGUGGAUUGUUUUUAAUAUAUUUUCUCUGAAACAGAGCCAUUUCAUCUUCUGGAUGCUCUUUCAGGGACUAGGUGGAAUUUAUUCCCCUAUAACUCUGUUCUAAACCACCCUAAGAAAGACCAGGUUUCCUGAGGUAUCUUCUGCUAAUGUAAACCCCCUCAAAUCAUCAUCUUCACCCAAAGCCAAGGAAGGUGUGACAGCUGUUGUAGAUUGUUCUCAAAUUUCCCUGUUACAAAAGAAAUUUGAUUGAUUUACACACUAGCUAAUCUGUCUCUCAUUUGUUCUUUUGUGAAUCAGCAGAUGUUGGUUUAGAAGUCCCUAAGUUGGUACCUUCCCUUUCUAGCCCCUAAAAUUUAUCUUUGUCUGUAGAUAAAUGAAUUAUUUCAUAUGGGAACAAGGUUGGGUUUAUUUGGGAUUAAUUCGGAUUACCAUGUUUUCUUCUAUACCAUAAAUAUGCAGUGUUUGAACACAUUGCAGAGUUUUUCAGUUCUGCUUGAACUUUGUACUCCUAAUUUUUCUUCUUCUUUUAUUUGACCAGGAGUUAAAUAGCUUUAAUUACUUGGACCUGUAUAAACUUGCUGACCUAUUUAACCUCACUUUACUGGAAAAAGCGGUGGUUGACUUCUUGGUAAAACACCUAUCUGAGCUACAGAAGAACCACCCAGAAGAAGUCCUGACGCUACCAUACUGCCUCAUCCGAGAGGUCUUGAAGAGUGACCGACUCACGUCACUGAGCGAAGAACAAAUUUGGCAGGUAAAGUGCAAAGAUAAGUGGAAGUGUAUGUUAAACUGUAGGAGGACUAGUACUGUGGACCCUUGAGCAUUACAGAAAAGAAAAUGAUUAAGAACAAAUCACGCUUUUCGUGGAAGCAACAGAUGAAAAUUAUUGAUGCACAAUCUGACUGUGGCUGUGUACUGAGGAAUUGUGACCGUGUGCAAUGGAAUGCUGUUCCAGCAGAACUCAUGCUUCAUGACCAAACCCUCGGGUGGGGGAGAGCUGGGCAAGGAUAAAGGUAAAGGUACCCCUGACUGUAAGGUCCAGUAGCAGAUGACUCUGGGGUUGCGUGCACAUCUCACUCUACAGGCCGAGGGAGCCGGUGUUUGUCUGCAGACAACUUCAGGGUCAUGUGGCCAGCAUGACUAAGCUGCUUCUGGUGAACCAGAGCAGCGCACGGAAACACCGUUUACCUUCCCGCCGGAGCGGUACCUAUUUAUCUACUUGCACUUUGACGUGCUUUCGAACUGCUAGGUGGCCUAUUUUGUGUAAUGUCCUAAUGCACUGAGUGUCCAUCCAUGUGUUCUGAAGGUGACCUCUGUUACGUCCUUUGGAUACCUCUUAAUACAUUGGAAAGGGUUGCCCCCUUGGUUUUUAUAUCUGCAAAAUAUGUUAGUUUGAUCUAAAGAAAAAUCAUUUGGGAGAUCACAUUCUCUGCUUUGUUGCAUAAUUGUGUGGUCUAAAUUAUUAAGAUGAGAGACUGUUGUGCUGCCCCUUGGUGUUCAGUGUAAUCUGGUUUGCAAUGAGACAAAAAUGCAGUGCCAUCCCUGAAAUGUGUUUUGCUAAGGAAGAGAUGCAAUAUAGAUAUAGAUAUAAUGGAAGCCAGAAAAUCUAGUGUAAGCAUCUUAAACUACAGUAGCACAUAGUAUAGCUUACACCUCUUGCAUUAGUGUAUUAUUUUCCCAGUACUAGCUUAUGCUUAUUGGAAAUUUGUUGAAGGGCAGGGUUUAAAGCAACAACCUCAAUGAUGAUGAUAAAGGGACUGGUUCAUGAAAUUUGUAUGUCCACAUGAACUCCAGUAGUUCACAGAUCCUUAGACAGCCCCACAUCCUAUCCCUGAGAAUUGUGUGGCGUCACCAAGUUUCUGAACUGGGCUACAAUGGCAAUAGGCUCUUCUUGCAAGUGGGCACUUCUUACUAGGACAUUCCAUAGUGCCUAUGCAUGAGGAGUGUUUUACAGAGUGACUUGGCAGCACCUUAGUAUAACCACCUUUGCCCUUCUCAAAGGGGUGAAGGAGGGGUGAAUAUUCAAUCUCAAACUUUUAUUGGCAUAUAGACAAAAUUUUGAAAGGUUCAGUACAAUAAAAUCACUCGGCAAAAUCUGAGUCUAACAAUUAAAAUUGCAAAGAGAGGAUAUUUCCCCACACUCAGUGGACACUGGGACACAUUAUUGUUUAGCAGGACAUCAGAACUGGGCCAGAUGGAAGAGCUACUUGUGCAAGUGUUUAGAGCAGUGGAUGGGUGGUAGCCAGUGUCUUGGUGUUUUACUGUUGUUUUAAAAGGAUGGAAUAGUGGGUAUAGGUGGCGACCAUUUUUGGAGAGAGGCUCCAUUCUUGCCCCCCGUGUGUGUUGGUGGAACAUGCAUAAGCCCGCCUCGCCCCUGUUUCCCCCCCUCAUUCUACCCUCUUCUGGGUCCAAAAGGACUGCCACAUAGGCAGUUGCACGUCAGUUGAAUGUGCACAAAAUGGUCGCCACUUGUAUACCUUCUUUGAGCAGUGAGCAUAAAAUUUGUGCCUUCAGGAGAACCAUUUAACCAUGUUCCAAGGUGUCUAAUGCAGCCCUGUAUUUUCAUAAAAUGUGUCUCUCUUCCUGUGCUGAAGGAUGACAAUAGGUGUUUUCUUUGGUGUAUUUUAGGUUUCCAGAAAGGAAACCCCCAUGAAAAAAAGUGUGUAUAUUCUGUUCCUUUCACACUUGCAGCUAGCACUGUGUUCCUUAGUGGUUAAUGUGCUGUUUUCUGAGUGGCAGCAAACUGUACACUGACCACUUUAGGUGUUAUCAUAAUUGCCUCUCUAACGGUUACUAAUGCUGUUACGUAGAAUAUUUAAGCUAUUUUACUGCUGUGGGCAAAUAUAUAUAUAUAUUUCAUUCCUGGUCCUCCAGAAUGAAUUAAGACAUACAUAAAUAUUUGCCAAUUCAAGCUUUCAGUGGGCAAUAAGAAACUGUUUUUGCUUUAUCUUAGUAAAUAAGUAAUUCCCUCAUAGUCAACCCAAUACAGGAAAAUCAAAUCAGGCCUGCUCUGUUGCCUCAAGUGUAGUUAAGUUCAUCAUUUUUGCUAAGGUUAUACUGGUAAUGCAAUAUACCAUGGAAGAAUCUAAUAUUCUGCCCAGGGUGAAGAUUGGGUAUGCCAGAGGAUUAGUGUCAGGGUGCUUUAUAGAAGUGAAACUUGAUAUACAGGCUGGAGACAGAGCUACAGAAUCUCAUUAAAUUGCUGAAUUGUUCAUUACUGAGCACUCUCCCUUUAAUAAAGUGCUCAUUGACUUUGACAAAUCCCCAUCCCGUGUCUUAAAGGACAACAACAGUGCAGGAGGUGCCAGGAAAGGAAGAGGAAAUUGCCCCAAAUGAUUGGGGGGGGGGAGUAUGUAUUAGGGAAGCUUAUGAGGAAUAUUACUCUUUGGUUACUACAGCACGUUAAUCGGUGUGACAUUGGCAAUGCCAUAUGUAGCCAUGUUGUGUAUGCACAUGCAUGCAUGCACAGGAAUAACUCUGAUUUAGUAUUCCACCCCAAGGCAUCAUCCCCUGGCUGAGCUUCCAAUAAGCAUCGGCCAAAAUUUUAAUGGUGUAUCUCCUCCUUUCUUUUCCCAAGGGCAGGACCCCUGGAGUGGAUGGCAAUAUUGUCUAGGCAUAAAGAAUUUCUUCACUGUGUCACUGAAGCGAUGACUCACCGCCAAUGUAGAUUCAGGUUUAGGUAGUUAGACGAAAAAUAUAUAUCUGACUUUCUGAACACUAUUGAGGUCUGACUACACAUAGAAGUUAUCUCAACUAAGCACUGAGCUGCAAGGAAAAGUCUUUCAGUAUAUAGUUCUGCAUUUUCUUGUUUGCUGUGAAAUAUGCGCUUCUAGUAGUAGUGAGGGUGAUGAGGAGGGAUGUUGAUGAUAAUAAACAACAAUAAUAAACAAGUUUGAAAAGUUUUAAGUGUUUUUGAACCAAAAUGCCCUAUGUGCAUUUAACUAAAUGAGCAGACUGAAAGCAUUUUAUUGAUUAGAUUUCAUUUGCUUUCAAUAAGAACGUUAAGGCCAUUUUCUCCUUAUUAUCGCAGUCCAUAGCAAUCAUGGGCAAAAGUUACCCUGUUGUGACUUUGGCCUGUGUUAAGCCUGGAGUCUGGGAGUGGGAACCAUUUUGGGUGGGUGUGGAUCCUUAUUCCUCUCUCCACUACGCUCUACUGCCAAUAUUUAAGACCACAUGCAAUUGUUCUGAUUCACAGGCUCAAAGGAGGGCUAGUGUGAGUGGUUUAAUGCAGGGAUACAAUAGGAUGCCCAGAAUGCCAGAGGGAUCAGUUCUGGUGCUUUCUUAGAAUAAAAUGUAGACUUACAAACCAACCUGCAGAGCCUUGCUGCCUUUACAGACUCUGGACAGACACCGAAACAGCAAGCGUUUGUCAUGACUUGUCUGCACCCAGGAAAACAUUUAUGCAUUAGUUAUACAUCAGUUUGGCCAGGGCCUCCCAUUAGUCCACUUGCUGGCAGUUAUCCAAGACUUACAGAUAGCUCGCCUCUCUAGGCCAAUAACCAUGCAUCCUACGCCCACAGAUAGGCAUAGCAUCAAAGCAGGGCAAUUAGCAUUGGUUACUGAUGUUAGCCUUUUAUAAGUCCUAACCUGGUCCUUAUGUAUUUCUUUUAAGGACCAUCUUUGCCCAUAGUAACCUGUCAGUCUUAAAAUUGGCAUCAAAAGCCCUGGUCUCUGGUCCUGUGGAUGGGUGCACUAGAUUCCAGGGACAAGGGCCUUCAAGGCAGCGAGACUGCACUUACGAGUUCUCUAAUCAUUUCUAGGAUGCUGUUGAAGACCUGCUUUAAAAAAUAAUUCUGGAAGGCACUUUAUGUCCCCCUCCCGAUACAUUAAUGAUAGGCAACUUAUGUUCAUUUCAUUGUUGACCUAUUUUUUUAUAGUGUGAGUUAUUUGUGUGUGCGAAUGUGAUAUAAAUAACUCUAAAUUAAAAAAAUAUUAAAACUAACCACAAAGGAAGGAUAUCCAAAUUCACUGAUUUUUGUGAAAGAUUUUUCUUUUCUUCCUUUUUAAGCAGGCUUUGAGGUCUUGCUGUAGUUUCCUAUAUGAAAAUCACUUUUCAAAAUCUGAAACGACUACUUACCACUACCACUUGUAGGGAGGUAGGUCAUCACAGCUCUGAGCUUCAUUGAGAAGAAGGGAGUGAUAUAUAAACAAUAAAAUAAUAAUGGUAAUGAUUAUGAUGAAUCACUGCGGGCACAUCAGUUUGACUCUUUCUGGUCAUGUGACGAUCAUUUAGUUCUGCAUCAGCGUGGUGGCAUUUGACAUACUGCCAUUGAUGCAGCAGUAAGAGACAGGGCUGUCGCGAGGAAUUAUUUGUCUAUAGUACAAGUUCAACCCCCUCCCUUAUUUAGUUGCAUCUGUAAGAUUUCUAAUCUACCCAGAAGUCGACACAAGUUUCUUGUUCUGUCCAUAUAUUUACAAUUUCAGACUUUUCUCCCUUUCCAAAGAUCUCUCUCUCUCUCUCUCUGAAGAAGUGAGGGGGAAACAAGGCAUAUAGUUUAGUAAGGAAAAAGUGAAACUAAUAUGUGAAGAAGUAAUUAGGAGAAUCUGAAUGUUGUAGCAGUGCUGGAGACUAGGAGAAGAAUUGUGAAAUCUAGCUAUGUUAGAGAUGGCUUGUCAACUUGAAAGCCACUCUGAAAGUGGAUAUAUAUGGGAGAAAACUCUGGCAACAUUAACUGUAGAUAACAGAUAGCAAGUAUGUGUGUGUAGUUAGGCUUUCCACUUUGAGGCUCAUGUAAUACAAAGCAUUUUGUUGUAAACUUGGGCUCUAAUAGAGAAGGGAGGAUGCAGCCUAAGGGAGGAAAAACACAUUUAUGUCAGUCGGAAAGUUCUACAAAACAGCCUUGGUAAUCAUCUAUCUGCCAAGACCUUAAGGAAAAGAAGAACCCAAAUUGGCUGCUGCAACCUGCUGAUCAGGAAAUGCAUGAAUGUUCAUGCAGCUACCAUUACUGGCUCUAAUCUCCUGCGGUGCUGAGCUGUAGUCCCUGCCUUGGCAGCUCAUAAUGUGCUCUGACUGUACAUCUGAAAUCGGAUGUCUGAUUAUAUAGUUAUUGAAAUGGAAUAGAGAAGAAGAAAAGGGUAGUUUUAUUGAUAAUGUUUUGUAUCAUGACCUUUCUCCAAGGAUGCAAUUUUAGCCGCACAACAAGCCUGUGAGGGAGGUCAGGCUGAGAAACAGCGACUUGCCAAAGACUGCCCAAUGACCAUUCAUAGCUGAGUAGUUUGAACAGGUAUUCACCUCCAAACACAGCCAAAACACGCUGGACAUAAUAAUCAUUAAAAAGCAAAACAAAACUGGCCCUUGCAGGGCCUGAUAACCUGUGUAGAAAAAACCUCAAAAGCCACAAAUCAGAAUUUAUGGAGCUAAGGGAAUGAAGUGACUAAGAAAAGUGGACGAUGGCAGUCUGAGAAAUUAGGUCCAUGUGCAGGUCUUUCAUCUGCUCUGAUGGCUGUGUCUGGCUUCUCUGGACCCAAAGCUCAGGAAUUGUUAAUCUGUCGCUGGAGAGUUUAUCUGCCCUUUUGAUGUUGCAAGUUACUCACCUGUAUUAGUAUUUAUUUAGUGAUUUCCUCUGCCACACUCUCACCCUGUAAAAUAAAUACUUGAAACAUAUAGUUAACAUUAACAUUUUGUCCCUUAACCACAGAUUCCAGAGGCAGCUAAUAAAUAUAAGAUAUCGACAUAAAAUUACAACAAUAAACGACAAAGUGCAGCAACCAACAAAUUGCAGUUCAAAACUAGCCAAUAGUAUCAAGCUAUUUCUAAAGCUGAAGAAGUAAGCAGCACGUUCUGUUUCCUUGUGAAGCUCAUCAAGGAGGAGUCCAGUGGAUGGACCAGAGGAGGGCAGUGGUAUGUGGUGAAAUUUUUCAUAAGGGAACAGUUAGGGCCAGAGGUGCCAGCUUGUGAGGGCAAUGUCAUGCAUGUGACAUUGUGACAUGCUGACACCACGCACGUGAGCAUCGCGCCUCCCUCCCUAAGCCAGUCAGAAGCUUUGUGGGCUUUGCGAAGGAGGUGCCAGGGCUCUGACAGGAUGCUGGAGCUUUCUGCCUCCUUCCAAAAACUGGAUAGACUUUGGGAAUAUGGCAGAACGGAUCUUGGACCCAACGGAACCCCGCGCCUCCCUCCCUAAGCCAGGCAGAAGCUUCCUAGGCUUUGGGAAGGAGGCACCAGGGAAACAUUUAGGGGACCAGCCUAGUCCCCUUAGUCCAAUGACUGCAUGCCACUGGAGGAGGGAAUACUAAACACCAAACUCCAGAAGUUGAGAGUACUCUGAGCAGGGUCUUGGAAGAACAUCUGAAUAGAGGCAUGCAGGCAGCCUCAUAGAAACACAUAGCUCAUCAAAGUAGACAGCCUGUGAAAUGAAACAAGAAACCAUUUGUUGAAUGCUUCUGCUACAGAUGACAAACUGCAUGCGUCCUAGCAAUCACAGGCAGCUUUUGCAGGAGCUGAGUGUCUCAUUUAUUUCAAUGGAGGCAUGAAAUUCAUGAGUGAAUGUAACCUGAAAAAGAUAUCACAAUUAGCACUUCGCUUGGUUUUUUAAAGAUGUUUUAUUUCCUUACCCUCCCACUUUCCCCCCAGCAGCUGCACUUCAUGCUGCACCAGAGCCUACUUCUGAAUUUUCCCCUGAAAUUUCACAGGUAACUUUUUAAGGGCAGAUAAUAGGGUCACAAAGAGUCGGACACAACUAAACAACAAUAGGAAAGAAAUAAUAAUGUAUACAGCAGUUACUUUUAACUCUGCAGUUGCAUUCUGCUGUGUCUCUCUAAAGCAUAGACUCUCAACAACACAAGGUAUGAACUUAAAAUUUGAAUUUUUCAUAUUGCAUCCUCAAAAAUGACAGCACCAAUAAAGUCAGCAGAUUGCUCCAUGCUCCAAUUUCUGUUGUGUUGCUCCCAAACAGAAUCUGAGAUUGUUUUAAAAAUACUAGCAAAAAGUGGGAAUAUUUGUUAAAAUACAGUGGUACCUUGGGUUACAUAUGCUUCAGGUUACAGACUCCGCUAACCCAGAAAUAUUACCUCGGGUUAAGAACUUUGCUUCAGGAUGAGAAGAGAAAUCGCACGGCAGGAGGCCCCAUUAGCUAAAGUGGUGCUUCAGGUUAAGAACAGUUUCAGGUUAAGAACAGACCUCCAGAACGAAUUAAGUUCUUAACCCGAGGUACCACUGUCUGUAUUGUUGCUUACCUCAUGUGUUCACAUUUUAUGCCGGUUAAAAAUCACAGUCUGCUCUAAGUUUGAGGAAUGUUGGGUUGCUUGACAUGCAGAUAGGUUUGAGAUGAAUGUCCCUCAUGAUUGGUGUAGUGGCUGCUGAUGUGGCAAAGACACCACUGUUUGCCUUGGAAGAAGCCCCUAGUCAGUUCUCUUCCAGGUAAACGGCUGCAGAUUCCCCAAAUAGUUUCUGUUGAUAUAGGCAGGAGAAGCACCAUCAGAAAUUUGAGCCUAAGGAAGCAAACUGGUUCGGAAAGAGACAGUGAAAAGACAGACAUAAGUGACAUACGUGCGGAAACAUUACAGAUUUUGCCAAAAUUAUGGAAAUGGUGAUGGAUGCUAUUGAAGAGGAAGACUUCCCCUCUUACAUCAGGGCACCAGUAGCUAUUGGAGACUUUGCUAGGACCAACUUACACCUCUACUCAGCAAUCUACAGCAGGUGGUCACUGCCAGCCAUUCAAAAAUUGAGUCUAUGGGGAUGAGAAACUGGAAAGACUGCUUCGCAAAAGAUAAUUUGCUAUGGUGCUCUCCAGCCUUAUACAGCUGCUAUACCCCAUUCUGUCAGUAGUUAGAACAUGUUUGAUCAUGGAAUUGCCCUUUGCAUGUCCUACAGUAAUUUCCACUGGUUGCGAUCCAGUUGAGCCUCUUUAAAUCCCACUGAUUUCUGUAAGGGAGAGGGAAAGGCAUGCUAUUUACCACAGGAAUUAAAAGGGCUUUAAAAAAAUGUUUAGCUUUGACUGGGUUGUGCCCAUCUUAUAAUAGCUUCAUUGCAUU